CCGUGGCCACCGUCGGUUGGGAUAGUUCGAGCAGCAACGAGCCCGCUUCCGAAGCAUGCUAGUACCGCAUCCGCUUCCGACUACGGUCCAACAACGAUCGCGUUGCCAAUGAAGGCACUCGGGAGACGCGCGGACGGACGGCAACACGAUCGGCAACUGACGGUAGUCUUCCUGCUUCUAACGCUAUGGCUCUCCGGUACGAGCAGAAUGUUACCGUCUGGGGUGGCGGGAACCGGCACCGGACCCGCCGGCUCACUCAACAACAUCACCUAUAGCAACACCUUGGUCAAGACGAAGUAUGGACCACUGCGGGGUAUCGUCUUCCGGACGGUACCGGUGGUCGUCGAGGGCUUCCUGGGUGUACCGUACGCGUCACCACCAAUCGGCAGCCUGCGGUACAUGCCUCCGGUUACGCCGUCUACCUGGAAAUCUCCCCGUUUGGUCGAUCGGUUCGCCCCAGUGUGUCCGCAGAAGUUGCCCAAGCUAGACGGUACCGAUGCGGGAGUGCUGGGAGACCUUCCAAUCGAUCGACUGAAGCAACUCCGACGGUUAGUGCCGACGCUGGUCAACCAGUCGGAGGACUGUCUGUAUCUGAAUCUGUACGUGCCCCACGCAGAUGAUACCGCUCAUCGGCCGGAUCACCUCAAACCAUCAAUUGUAUAUAUCCAUGGCGAGUCCUACGAGUGGAACUCCGGCAACCAUUACGAUGGUUCGACGGUGGCAAUGAACGGGAAUGUUAUCGUAGUUACAAUAAAUUUUAGGCUAGGAGUUUUAGGUUUUUUGAAAACUGGUGCUAAGGGAAGUGCUCAAGGCAACUUCGGGCUGAUGGAUCUUGUGGCCGGUCUGCACUGGUUGCGAGAGAACUUGGUCGCGUUCGGGGGUGACCCGGCAAAGAUUACGCUAAUGGGCCACGGGACAGGUGCGGCCCUCGCCAACAUCCUCGCGGUAUCGCCGGUGGCAGGAGAUCUGAUCCAUCGUGUGGUGCUGCUGAGCGGUUCCGCACUCUCACCGUGGGCCAUCCAGCGGGAUCCACUGUCCGUGAAGCGCAAAGUAGCUCAACAGACCUCAUGCACGGGCGACGUGGUGAACGAAGAUUUGGCCCCCUGUUUGCGAACCAAACCACUAGCGGAGCUUAUGAAUAUAUCGUUGAGUAGUCCUAGAUUUUUGCCAGGAUUUGCACCGUUUGUCGACGGAACCGUCAUAACACCGGCCAAGGCGGCCGUUAUUAAUAAUCUUAAAAUACCGACCGACUCCGCGAUCGCCAGCACCAGCGGCAUUGAGUUCAGCAACUUCCACAAGCAGGACGUCCUGUUCGGGCUGACAACGUACGAGUCCUACCUCGAGCUGACGGCCGCUGAUCUCGAGUUCGGUUUCAACGAAACCAAGCGCGACCGCAUCCUGCGCACCUUCGUACGCAACACCUACCGGUACCAUCUGAACGAGAUCUAUUCCGCGCUGAAGAACGAGUACACCAACUGGGAACGUUCGCCGAGAAGCGCAUACGGAUAUCGGGACGCUAUGUUGGAGUUGCUGAGUGAUGGACUGACGGCGGCUCCACUGGUUCAGUUAAGCCAUCUGCACAGCCUGCAGGGUGGACGAUCGUACUUUCUGCACUUUAAGCAUCAGUCGCACGAGUGGAAAUUUCCCCAGCGGAGUGGGUCGGUGCGAGGCGAGGAUGUGCCUUUUGCAUUAGGAUUCUCACCAUCACCGAUGUUUCCACUCACCCUCACCAGGCUGGACAUGCAGGUCAGCAGUACCGUGAUGCGUUACUUGUGUAAUUUUGUAAAAACAGGCAAUCCAAACGGGCUUCGUUCGACGCGAAUGGAUGUGUUCGUGAAUAGUAACAAUAAGCGUAGCUGGAAUCCGGCAAAGAAACCGCACAACGAGACGCUCAUGCGUCAACUGCUGUCGUCCUUUCGGCAGCAGGAACCGCUUCAACCACGAAAUCCACUUCCGGCCAUCCCCGGGCAAACGCCUCUUACACCGGAGCAGGCCUUGAUGCAGCAGCAGCUGCAGCAGUACUACCACAAGGAACAAAAUAACCGCCAGCAGAAACACUCGCGCCGGAAGCGGACGAGAUAUUCGAACGAUUUCCAGCGGUACAACUCUGGCGAAACGGGUAGCUACGGGUCGAGCGAGGAGAGUGCCGGUCUGCCAAGCGGAUCGAACGGCAAUGGUUCGGGUCGCGAUGGCGAGGAGGAUGAUGACGAUCGUCAGGAUGGUGGAGAGUCCGGCGGUCGGAGCGAGACGGAACCGAGCUAUUACAGUGUGGAUAGUGACUAUGUGUACAGCGGAUUUACGACCAUCAAGUACAAUCUACCAUUCUGGGGACAUUACGACACCACCAACCAGGUUUUCAUGGAAAUAGGGAGCCAAGUUGUACCGAAGAGCCACUACCGUGGGCACAAACUUUCGCUCUGGCUAAGCUUGAUUCCACAGCUACACUCUUCCUUCAACAUACCAGAACUAUCGAUGAGACAUCAUCACUUCAGCGAAGAAAAUCCCAUGUUCUACGAUGGACUGGUGCGGGAACAGAUCAUAGAACCGCCGCUGAUGCACAUUGGCUUUGUAACGUCGACCACCUCCAAAAUGCACAAGACGGAAACGAUCGCCUCCACCAUACUGCAGUCCAUUUCGACAGAAUGUCCACCCAAUAUCACCUUCAUCCAGACGGCAUCGGCAUCCUGGCCACUGCACAAUUCUGCGCUUCCCGCCCACCACGGCGACUCCAACCGUAGCCUGAUCAAUCGACUGACGAACAGCUACCAUCGCAGCUACUCAACCGCGCUCGCCAUCACGAUCGGUGUCGGGUGCUUUCUGCUCUUUCUCAACGUACUCAUCUUUGUCGCGAUCUACUAUCAGCGCGAAAAGCGCGAAAGCAACUCCCGCAUGAAGAUCAACCUGCUUGAACUCGAAUCACGGUUGAACGUCGUCGAAUCUUCGUCUGGUGCCGUGGCAGCAGCGGCGGCUGCAGCUGCCGCUGCCUCUGCUGCAUCGGGCGACGGGCAGCAGGUAAAGGAGGAAACCUCUUUCAGCGGUGCUCAACAACAAGCAGCAGAAGAGGAGCAAGUGUCUAGUAUGAAGGGUGGCACAACGGUACGAGUGGUUUCCAGCACACCGUGCGGUACUGCAAUCACCAAAGCACCGUCGAGCAGUGGCCCCAACAGCAUACAGACAAUCGAACUAUCGCUAACACCUCACUACCACGGGCACGGACAUCCCACAUCAAUGCGACGCAGCAGCACUUCCGCCAUCAAGCACUCGCACAAAUGUGAGCUCCAGCAGCAGCAUCUGCAGUACCAUCAUCAUCAGUCGUCCUGCAGCAAUAAUCGUACGGUUUCACCGAAGAAAGUCUCGAUCGUAUCACCCAACCCAUCGGACGAACAAUCCUCAUCCGGUUCGGCGUCAUCGCUUGCGUCGGACCAUCCCGCUCCCGCGCAACCGCGUGACACUAGAAGUUAUUCCGUGGUCAGUCUCCCGAAGGAACUCUGCAACCAAUCCACACAGUACGAUCUGGCCGAAGUUUCGCAUCUGCUCGUUACCUCGAUCGAUCCCAAACCUCGACCAACGAUGGCCAGUACCGCCACCAUGACCAGACGGCGGGAUCUACGCGAAGACUUUCGUUCGACGGCUGCCAUCGGCGGUAGUACGCGGUCGUUGGCAACGGCCAAAGACUACGCGCAUCGAGACGGAACCGAGCUUCUGAUGCAGGGCGGUGGUGCGAGCAUCUUACGGCCUCCAUCGCUGCAUCAGCUUCAUCAUCAUCAGCAUCUACAUCAUCUACACCAGCAGCCGCAACAACCCCAGCAACAGCAGCAGCAGGAUUCCUCCAACAACAGUAAAAAGCGUGUACAGAUACAGGAAAUUUCUGUGUAA